CCUGCUUCAGAAGCUCAGCAGCUUCACUUUGUCUUGUUUCCAUUGAUGGCCCAAGGCCACAUGAUUCCAAUGAUGGACAUUGCCAAAUUGCUGGCGCAGCGUGGUGUGGUUGUCACCGUAGUCACCACAACACAUAAUGCUGCCCGUUUCGAACCAAGCAUUGCUCGUGCAAUUCAGUCUGGUCUCCAAAUCCAAGUUAUCCCACUUCACCUUCCAUGUGAAGAAGCAGGAAUACCAGAAGGGUGCGACAAUCUCGACAAGCUUCCUUCACUACAAUUGGCCAUGAAUUUCUUCACUUCAACUACCAUGCUACAAAAGCCAGUGGAGAAGUUGUUUGAGGAGAUGGCACCGCGACCAAGCUGCAUAAUCUCCGACAUGUGCUUGCCGUGGACAGCUGAUGUUGCUCGCAAGUUUCACAUCCCAAGAUUUUCAUUCCUCGGAAUAGGCUGCUUUUGUCUCUUGUGCUGGCACAAUUUACGUGUUCACAAACCUCACGAGACCAUAUCCUCGGAGUCUGAAUACUUUGUCCUGCCCGGCUUGCCUGAUCAUAUUGAAUUCACCAAAUCUCAACUAGCUUUAUCCGCCGAUCCAGAAAUAGAAAAUUUUUGCAAGCUAACGGUAGAAGCUGACUUAGCCUCAUACGGGGUUCUGGUUAAUACUUUCCAGGAGUUGGAGCCAGAGUAUGUCAAAGAAUACAGGAAGACGAGAGAAGAUAAAGUCUGGUGUAUUGGCCCUGUUUCGCUUUGUAACGUGGACAAUUUAGAUAAGGCUGAGAGAGGUAACAAAGCCUCCAUUGAAGAAUACGAAUGCUCGAAGUGGCUUGAUGCUGGGGAACCCUGCUCUGUUCUCUAUGCCUGCCUUGGAAGCCUGUGUAAUCUUAUAACUUCACAGUUGAUAGAGCUGGGAUUGGGCUUAGAAGCCUCAAAGAAACCAUUCAUUUGGGUCAUACGGGGAUCAGCAAAAAGCUCACAAGAAUUGGAGAAGUGGAUUUCAGAAGACAGAUUUGAAGAAAGGAUCAAAGGGAGAGGCCUUUUGAUUCGGGGUUGGGCUCCACAAUUACUCAUAUUAUCUCAUCCUUCGGUUGGAGGGUUCUUAACGCAUUGCGGUUGGAAUUCAACCAUAGAAGCAAUAUGUGCCGGGGUGCCGAUGCUAACAUGGCCGCUCUUUGGAGACCAGUUUUUGAAUGAGAAAUUAGUAGUACAGGUGCGAAAAAUUGGUGUGAGGGUUGGGGUGGAGGAUACUGUAAAGUGGGGUGAAGAGGAGAAGACUGGGGUGUUGGUGGAGAAGGAAAAUGUUAAGGCGGCCAUAGACAUGCUAAUGGAUGAAGGAGAGGAAAGAGAAGAGAGGAGGAAAAGAGCAAGAGAGCUUGGGGAGAUGGCAAAGAGUGCAGUUGAAGAUGGGGGAUCUUCUCACAAAGACAUGACACUGCUGAUUCAAGAAAUUAUGCGACAAGCAAGUUGUGAAGAAUCAACCCUAACAGACGUAUAUUAGAGAUAGAGAGUUGUUUCUCUUCAUUUCAUAUCAAAGUUGGCUUCGUUCAGUGUUAGAAUAUGGAAACUUUCCAUAUUUAGGUUUGAUUUGAUUUCCAUAUAAAGUAUGUACCAUUUAGGUUUGAUUGUAAUAAAAUCUUAGAGAUUUGAGUAUUAUUCUUGUAUUCAUGAUUUGAUUUCCA